UGCCAACAAGUUAUAGAAGGCCAUCGAUUGCGAGUUAAUGCCGUUUCAUUUUCUCCAGACUCUUCGCUCAUAGCCUCUACAUCCCGCGACAACACUGUUCGAAUCUGUCAGGUGGACACCGGUGAAUGCAUCAGAGAACUCGAAGCGGACAUGGUCAAAGUUCAAAACGUCAAGUUCUCCCCCGAUUCAUCACUGAUAGCCUUCGCCUGUCUCAAUGGAGUUGUUCAACUAUGUAGAGGAGAUACGGGCGAUCGUAUAAAGACAUUCCAGACAUGCUCACCAAACUAUUCGGGGGAGUUUCAGUUUUCAUCAGACUCAAAACUCCUUGCAUUUAUAUCGAGACGAGAAACUCUACGGGUUUUGCAUCUGGAUACGCUCGAAUGCGUUCAAGAUAUUAAACCGGGUGAUUUCCUACUAUCAUUUGCCUUCAUUGGAGACUCCUCACUCAUGGUAGCAGGUACUCGGAGUGAGGAUGACAGGAUCAUCCAGAUCCGGUGGGUAGACUCGAACCAGGUUAUUCAAUCACUGAAGGGACAUGAGAUUACUGUCCAUGGAGCCGAGUUUUCUCCAGAUUGCAGGAUUUUGGGGUCGUUCUCUCAGGACGAUUCAGUCAGGACCUGGAGAGUGGCCACAGGGGAGUGCCUCCACGUUUUUAACGGUCACUCUUCCUUCCCAACAACGAUGUCUUUUUCUCCAGACAUGAGCCUGAUUGCGUCGGGAGCGCACGACAGUACUGUUCGGAUCUGGCGAAUAGAUUCCGAUGACGACUCCCAUCAGCAGUCAGAGAACCAUGACUCUAUUGGGUCUGUGGUAGUAUCACCAGACCGUACUCUUGUGGCUUCGUACUCUGCGAGAGGAAAGGUGCGAGUGUGGAAGAUGGAUACCGGCGAGUGUUUGCAUCCAAACCUCAAACAUGGCGAUGAGAGGAUUGGAUCACUUGCUUUCUACUCAAACUCCAAACUCAUAUGUGCACGGUCUUGGAACUCAGAGACCUUAUGGCUAUGGAGAGUAGACACAGGCCAGUGCAUCCGCAAGCUUCGCAUUGAUGGUUCGCAGCACGUCUCCUUUUCUCCGAACGGGAAAUGGAUUACGCUGAUCCAAAACAAAAACCGCCUACUUUUUCUGGGGGGAGAUACAUUACAUUGCAAGCAUCGAUUCAAGGCAUCAGGACCCAUUUUGAAACAGGUGUAUUCCUCUGACUCUACGCUUGUGGCGGCUUUAUCCUAUCCGGCCGACGACGGGAGCGGCAAUCUCGACUUGAAUGUUUGGAGUGUGGAUACUGGCAGGCAGAUUUGGACAAUCAAGGGCCUGGGAGGGAAUGCUGGAACUCUUGCCGUCUCUCCAGACUCCAAAUUGGUCGCCGCC